AUGGAGAAUCAUUCCGAGAGUAUGUCGUGGGUGUUGGGACGCGUGAUGUGUUGUGUGGGAUCUGCAACAGAGCAGACGAGGUGACGAGUUCCGGUGAAUGUUCUUCAGUAGUUCCUGGGCGUGGGGAUCCAAGCUUCUAUCCAGCAGCCAUUCACCUUUCAAUACAGCAUUCAACCAAUGAACGGUCUAUCAAGUACUUCAAUAUGUUGCCCCGUAAAUUACUGCACAUUGUGUCGGAACUCGUGGUGCAUCUCAUUGCCACGUGGCGCAUACCGCCUAAUGCAGUUGUCUCGUAAUUUUGUUACAGUCUCCAGAUCGUAGCCGUUCAGACAAGUUCACACAGACAGAGCAGGAUGUCGGAUACGGAGGCAGAUGCACAGGCCAGCACGAACGGCGGUACCACGACGAACGGCACGGCUCAACCACUGUUGCCCUCACAGAAGGUGCUUGAGGAGGAGGAAGCGGAACGGUUGGCUGAGGAGGAACGCAAGCGUAACCGUGAGCCACCGAUCAUCUUCACCGAGGUCGAUUCCAAGCUGGAACUGGAGCGUCUGGUCGACUUUGUCGAUGGGAAGCUGUCAGAGGACGAGCAGGAAGCGGUAGACCAACUGCAUCAGUACCUGCUGCUCGGCGAAGGUGCCUGGACAUUCGGGGACUGUUUUCUGGUGUUUGUGGGCCGCAUCUUCCGCGAUCAGCAGUGCUUCUCGACAGAUGUCCGUGUGCAUCUGUUGCGGGCGCUUGCCAAUGCCGCACUGAAGGAGGACAUCAUACUGCUGCUGCACCAGGACCGGAAGGAGCAUGUGCUGAUGAACUUCGCCCAGGACAUUGAUCGACAUCCGCCCGAGGAGCAGCAAUCGAUCGCACUAUUUAUGUGCAACUUGUUCGAGAAUAACAACGCAUCGGAAUGGCUGCUGUACAUCUCCGAGUGGAACUACAACGGUUUGACCACGUCCAAUAUUCGGGCGACGACGAAGGUCGCGGUACACUGUCUGUUAGCGACCUGUCCACGAUUGCUGGACAUCGGUACCGCGCUCGUCCACAACAUCGCCUGCAAGGAGGUGAAGACGGUUGUGUUUGAUGAUGUGGCGGUGGAGAUCUCGAUGGCGUUGCUGCAGUUCUUCAACAGCUCCCCAACGGAGGAACAUCUUUUCCGCACGAUGAAAGCGUUGGCCAAGUUUGUGCAGGUGUCACCGGAUGUGCCGCAGUUUGUGCAGAUGAUUGGACCACAUCCGAAGAAUUUUAAGGGCAAAAGCGAACGGGUCGACGGACUGAUCGAUCAGAUCAGCAAGAAGAUACGCUAGAGCUAUCCCAGCUCACAAUCCAUCCGCUUUUCCAACCCACUUUCGUUCGGUGUUCUGUUCGGUGCCGUAACUGUGUUGAUGAUCGGUAACGAUCGUGAUCAGUCCAACACCGAACGUAAUCACCUUAUCUUAAACUCACACACUUCUAAGCAAGAUACAUAACACUGUUUCGUUCCGAACCUAAUCACCUGUUUGUGCUAAGCCGCUAGUAACUGCGUCCGCUCGCUUGGUGGCGUUAAGGAACAAUGAUGAAAUUAGUAGAACAUUUGCAAAAGAGGGAAGAUAAAUAGAGAGAGAGAGAGGAAGCGAGAGAGAUCGAUGACAAAAAGUAAUACCUUCCCGGUGCAAGUAGAGUGUAGUGGCGAAUGACAUGACCUUACGUCUGCUUGAAGACGUUAGCAUUCAAUUGCUGAUAAAAGAAAACACAAUACACACAACAACAAAAAACCUGCGUAAAAGAAUAAACUUAAUGUAACCAGUACUACUUAUG